CUUGUUAAAUUCAUCUGUCUCUUUUAUCAUCUCUCCUAUGGAGUAUUACCCAGUGUUAAUUGUCUCCCUGUUAUCCAGCCCUUUUAUCCCAGAGUGAGGGAAUUGAUGAGAAUAUGUGCAUUGUGUUAUGUCUGAUCACAGUUUGACUAGCAGAGUCUGGAAGUGGGUUGUACAGGAUGAGAGCAGCAGCCUAAUUGCUCUCCCUGCAUCAGCAGCAUCUAUAAAGCAUCCUGGGAAUUGCUCGCCCCAUGUUCAGAGCAGCUGGUCACAUGAGCCUGGAUUUUCAGUUCAGUUCAUUAGUCAGCCAUUUUGGUCAACACCCUGCUUACUGCGCACAACCAAUCCUAUUAGAACUCAGCAUCCCGGCUCAUCUGAGCAGAUCCUGGAAGUGAUUUCUGCAGUUCAGGAUUUUUUUUAAGCUAAAUUGAAAAUAUUGGUUUAUUUUUCGGGGUUGGGUUUUGUUUUGUUUUGUUUUUGUAUUUUUUUUUUUUCUGCACAAAGGAGGAUUUUUCACUUAUUCAUGCAGAGGCCAGUUUUUUAAAGCCAGCUAAGGUGGCAUCGGCUGUGCAGGAUUUAAAGCCGAUAGCUCAGCUGAAAAAGGAGGGGGUAGGGAGGAGAAGAUAAAAGGAGAGAAGCUAGGAGAAGACCAGGCAUCAUCUUAUUUUGCUAUGUGGUAGGAACUGUCUAUGAGAAAAGGUAGUAUAGAAUUGUUCAUCUUGAGCAAUUGCUUCUUAAACCGUAGGCAUUUUUCCUUGUGAUUUGUUUUCAUCUCCCCCACCCCUUUUCUUGAGAGCUUUGUUCCAGAGCUCUGGAUUUGGGUUUUUUUGGUGAGGGGGUUUUAUUUAUUUUUGUUGGGGUGAGUGUGUGUGUGAGUGUGUGUGUGUGAGUGUGUGUUGUGGUCCCAGCUGAGUCAUCAUGUCUGCUCUGACGCCUCCAACCGAUAUGCCAACCCCCACCACUGACAAGAUCACACAGGCUGCCAUGGAGACCAUCUACCUUUGCAAAUUCCGAGUGUCUAUGGACGGAGAAUGGCUCUGCCUGCGAGAGCUGGAUGACAUCUCACUUACACCUGACCCAGAGCCUACCCAUGAAGAUCCUAAUUAUCUCAUGGCUAACGAACGCAUGAACCUGAUGAACAUGGCCAAGCUGAGUAUCAAGGGCUUGAUUGAAUCUGCUCUGAACCUGGGGAGAACUCUGGACUCAGACUACGCACCCCUCCAGCAGUUCUUCGUGGUGAUGGAGCACUGCCUGAAACACGGCUUGAAGGCUAAGAAAACUUUUCUUGGACAAAAUAAAUCCUUCUGGGGUCCUCUAGAAUUGGUAGAAAAGCUUGUUCCAGAAGCUGCAGAGAUAACAGCAAGUGUUAAAGAUCUUCCAGGACUUAAGACACCAGUAGGCAGAGGAAGAGCCUGGCUUCGUUUGGCAUUAAUGCAAAAGAAACUCUCAGAAUAUAUGAAAGCUUUGAUCAAUAAGAAGGAACUUCUCAGCGAAUUCUAUGAACCCAAUGCCCUCAUGAUGGAAGAAGAAGGAGCCAUAAUCGCUGGUCUCUUGGUGGGUCUGAAUGUCAUUGAUGCCAAUUUCUGUAUGAAAGGAGAAGACUUGGACUCUCAGGUUGGAGUUAUAGAUUUUUCAAUGUAUCUCAAGGAUGGGAACAGCAGUAAAGGUAGUGAAGGAGAUGGCCAGAUUACUGCAAUUCUGGAUCAGAAGAACUAUGUAGAAGAGCUCAACAGACAUCUAAAUGCUACAGUAAACAAUCUUCAGGCAAAAGUGGAUGCGUUAGAAAAAUCCAACACUAAACUGACAGAGGAGCUUGCAGUUGCAAACAAUAGGAUUAUUACCCUACAAGAAGAAAUGGAACGAGUUAAAGAGGAAAGCUCCUACAUAUUGGAAUCCAAUCGGAAGGGUCCUAAGCAGGAGAGAACUGCAGAAGGGCAAGCACUGAGUGAAGCCAGAAAGCAUUUAAAGGAGGAGACACAAUUGCGACUGGAUGUUGAAAAAGAACUGGAGAUCCAGAUCAGCAUGAGACAGGAGAUGGAAUUAGCUAUGAAGAUGCUGGAGAAGGAUGUCUGCGAGAAGCAGGACGCCCUGGUGUCGCUGCGACAGCAGCUGGAUGACCUCAGGGCUCUCAAGCACGAACUUGCCUUUAAGCUGCAGAGUUCAGACUUAGGAGUAAAACAGAAAAGUGAACUAAACAGUCGUUUGGAAGAGAAGACUAAUCAGAUGGCUGCUACCAUCAAACAACUCGAACAAAGAUUGCGCCAGGCUGAGCGAGGCCGCCAGUCUGCCGAGUUGGACAACCGUCUCUUCAAGCAGGACUUCGGAGACAAGAUCAACAGUCUGCAGCUGGAAGUAGAGGAGCUCACCAGGCAGCGGCAUCAGCUUGAAUUAGAACUAAAACUGGAAAGAGAAAGAAGGUUACAAAACAACAGGAGCAUCCCAGGAAAGGUUUCUCAGAAGCCAGAACCCAAAACGGAUGGGAAGCACAAAAUUCAAGAGGAAAACGUUAAACCAAAAAAGCCCCUGGACGGAAGCCACAGGCUGCAGUCUCACCCUGUGGAUGAGCAGGAUCAGCCAGUGCUCUCUGAAAAGCCACAGACGUGUCAGCUGUGCCAGGAAGAUGGCAGCCGAACCAAGAAUGUGUGUAAGAACUGCAGAGGAACUUUCUGUAAUGCCUGCUCAACAAACGAACUGCCUCUUCCUUCAAGUAUCAAGCCUGAGCGAGUUUGCAAUCCCUGCCACGAGCGUCUGAUGAAACAGUAUUCCACCAGCCCAUCGUAAGACUGGAAGCCAAGACCUGGACCGGUGUCCCCACCCAUGUUAGAUGUCAGGAUCUCCUAGAGCCCAGAACUUAGAAUCAACUCCAUUGUUGAUAGGACUGAUUUAAAUAAGCCAGGUCCAGGGAGAAAAGGCAGUGGCUGGGGGUGCUGGAAGGUUUGCUCACUUUCCCUAAUGACUGUAUGAAUAAAAGUUACUCACUUGAGCCUCUCUUCUAAAUCUAAACAACCCCACCUUGAGGGCUUUAUUUUAUAACAUGUCUUUGGAGGGGCUAUUCAUUUUUAUGAAUAGUGAUUAAUACUGGCGUGGAUAAAAUAGGAGAGAGGGUCCAUACAGAUAAGAAAAAAAAAAGGAAAAUGAUCAUCUCCCUCUAUUACGUUUGCAGAUUCAAAGUGGGAAAGAUAAAUGUUAACUGAGAUCAAAAUGAUGUUUUAUAUUAUCCCCAGGUGGUGCUAGACAUAAACAGUUUCCUCUUCACCCCCACUAACUACCUCUUUAAAGUAUCUCUACCAAACUGUGAACCCAAACUCAGGGAAAAGAAAUUAAAGAGUAAUAUAAAUUUUGAAUGUACUUAAAACAAUGUAAUUUAUUAUAGUUUCAGGACCAGAAAGGUCCUGGCCUUACAAGUUUUCAGUAUCAGAAUAAGAGGAACAUUUGCCAUUUCUCCACUUAAUGACUUCAAAAGUAAAUAUCUGCCCUUUUCAGAAUGUCCUCCUGCAAAAUAAAAGCCAACUCCCUUCCUAGGCCUUCCCUGCUCUCCCAAGUCAUAAUGAAAAUUGUGUUUUAAAGAUAGGGUUUGACUUUGCAGAUAGGUAUUGAAAGCAAAGCUUAGUCAGGUGUAAAGUAAAACAAUUUUAAUUUGUCCAAGGCUGAGAUCAAUUAGCUCAGAAUAUUUAUUAAAUUUUUUUUGAAUAAAGGCUACCUUCUUCUGAGCCAAGGAUUAGAACUGGUAGGUUUGUUGGAAAGUGUGAUAAUUAAACAUCUCUUCAUAACAACCCUUUGGGGAAAAGAAG